AUGUCGCAGAGUCUUCAAAGCCAGCAGUGGUCCUCAGAUACUCUUGGAGCUGGCCUGAAAACCUUGGCCUUUCAGGGCUGCAAGGAUGAAGAGGCUCAGGAGCUGGCUGAGCUCCGUGAGAUUCAGGAGCUGGAAGCAGCCAUCGAGAAGCAGAUGAUGGAGAGCCCAGGUGAACAGCCGGCAGCGGCAGCGGGCCUGAAACGGGCGGCCGCGACUCCGCACUCUGCAAACCCUCUCGAUGCAACCCCGCGCUCUGCUGUUCCCCGAGCUAGAAAAGCCGUGGAUCGAGGAACCCCGCACAGUGCUGUGAAGCCAACGAAUCUCAUGCAGGUGUUGGAGGAUACAGGAGAUGAUGCACAGGUGCCUGCCUACGAAGCCCCGAUCUACCUUGACCCGUACAUCUGUGAUGAUGAUGAGGAUCCGCUGGUGCAGCAUCUUCGGGAUAUGGUGAUCACACCCGAGAAAGCCCCCAGCAUCCCUGCCGAGCCCACACCCAAGAAAGCCCCUGCCAGCAGCCCUCGUCCUGCAGACCAGUGUCCUACGCCAUCAAUCUUUGCGCCAACCAUGGUUGAUGCAUCCCCAAUCUGUGCUGCUAAGGCCCCUGCUUUCCCCAAGCCGGACACGGGUUCUGUCAUGACAGCUCCGGAUGACAUGGCCGGUAUGAUGAACCAAAUGGUUCAAGCAUUGCAAAAGCAGCUGAGUGAUCAGUCAAGGCAGAACGAGCAAUUGCAAACCCUCCUGCAGCAGCAAGCCUCUGAAAUCGCAAAGCUGCGAGAGGAGCGAGCCAACAGCAGCCGAGCCGCCUCGGAUGUAGGAUCUGAGGUGAAAGGGGAGGAGCCCUCGUCGCAGGGCGAAGGCGGGGCAUCAGGGGCAACUUCGUUUGAAGCUGCUCGUCAGCGAGUGAGGCGCAUGGUUAAGAUGAGGGCGGAUGGCUCUUAUGGUGUUCCCCAACACAUCGUCGAUACUUGGAAUCGACAGGGGAAGGCACGAGAAAACUUGGUGCGGGCGUUUAUGGAUGCCGGAUGCAACAAGGAGUCGUUCGUUCGGGAGAUCACUGUUCAGAACGAGCGGGAAAAGGAACUCAGUGUCGUUGUGGAGGGAGACUUCUACACUGAGUCCCAGCUCGCAGAGGAGAAGAAACUGUCACCGGAGCGCAUCGCCGACAUCAAAGCUUUCGCCCGCCAGAACCCUGCUCUGAUGAGGAAGGAUACAUACAAUCCCAAGAUGGUCACUUAUUGGUAUGAAGAGCGUGCCCAUGCAUCCAUGCGAGCUUCCUCCCUAUUGAGAACCAGGGACCAGGUAUCCUUCAACAUGGAAGCAGAGCAGGGCGAAGAUGGUUCAGUGGUCCUCGGCACGGACGUCAGCUUGAACGAUGUGGCUGAUGUUUCAAUGGGUGCGGCUGCUUCGGGCAGUCCAGGCCUUCCGGGCGAUGCUGAUGUUUCGACCGAGGGUCAGCUACAGCUUCCGAGCCUGGAGGGUGGGAAAAGGGCCUCCGAAGCACCAGCAGCUCGCAUCGUCCGCCUCGCCAAGGCCAUCGAGAAGGAAGCACCGGGAAUCCUUGGAGGCAUCAAGAUUAUUAGCAAGAUGGAUCUGCCGAAAGGUGAGCACAGGCUGCAUGCGUUGGCGAAGGAAUGGAAAAUGACUGUACCCGUACCCCUACGUAUGUACACAUGUCGUGGUGUGUGCCAACCGAUGGUGGAGCUCACUUCUUGGUUUGAAUAUCUGGUUCAUACAAAGCCUGACAUUCUGUUGGGAGGGUUUUCUUUCGAGGAUCCUCAUUUCUCGUUGUUCCUGGAAGCCUUCUGGAAAGCCUACGAGUACGAGCAACCGACCCACUUGGUGUUCCGGCAGCAUUCCAACGAGCUCUCCCGCUGCAUCCCGUACAUGCUGUUUGGGGACGAGGGAAGAUCCCUCAGGAAGUGCCCCAUACAAAUUGUAUGCCUGGAGACGGUGUUUGGCUUGACGACUUACAAGAAUUAUAAAGAGCACCGUGCAAAAGGUGGGCAGAUCGAUGAAGACACAAUGUUGGAUUUCAUGACGCAUACUGGGAAGGGCUCCUCCUUUCUGUCGCGACUUCUGUUGUAUGCACUCCCCCAUGCCCUGUACCGCUCUGACUCUGAUGUCAGCUACAAGGACUUUUGGUACGACUGCAUGGACCAAGUUGCCAGAGCUGCUAUCCGACUUUUCGAGGACGGUAUUUCUCACCGGCUGGGCCGGUUCUACGGCGUUUGCGUGGGCUUCAAAGGCGACGCACCUUUCCUAGCGAAAGCUGCCAAGCUGCGGCGAACCUUCAUGUCUGUUGAAGGGUCCAUACCGUAUGCAACAUCUGCGCCGGAGCAACUGCUGCAACCAGAUCUCUUUCAUACGAUCAAACUGGGCAUCGGUAGACAUUUCUCCGGGUCGUUCUUGGUUCUGGCAGCUCACUGGUCCUAUUUUUUUGAACCAGGGCAGCGACACCUUGAUGGUGCUCCGGUGGAUCAUUAUGCUGCUGCGAAAUGGGCGCUGGUCUGGCGGUGCAAGGACAUUUCCAUGGCUGCAGCACCCGCAAGUAUCUGGUUGCGCAGGCCUGUGGCUCUCCGCCUGCAUUCCGCCAUCGACCUGUUCUGCUCCUCCUACAAGUUUUUAUCCGGUGAAUGCUUCAGGCGACAACUGAACCGGUUCCACCUGGAACCAACUUUACACCAACUCAAGCACUUCAGCAUCCGGAUACAAGAACAGUUGGCCAACGAGGAUGUCCAGGUCAUCCUCAACCCUGGAAUGUUUAUGUGUGAAAUGAGCGAAGACUUCGUGGGUCUCCCAUGGAAGCCGAAGAUGAGCACGGGUCUCGCCGAAGAUGGUGACAAGGUCCUGCUGCGCCGUGCGCAAGAGGAUGACUGCGGAGAGGGCGGCCACCAGCCAGCAAAAGUACAUGGCUUCAGUGGCACCGGCUACAUGAGUGGUCGGAGCCGCAAGGAGCAGCUGACAUACAAGCGCCUGGUGCGCGUGUAA